GCGCCGCCGCAGAAUUACACGCAGACAGAGGAGAGAGAGAGAAUCGGGUGGCAUUCGGUGGGAAAUUAGGAUUAGAGCGAAGGGUAAAAAGGGAAUUAAAUAAAAAAGAUUACUGCCAUGGCGGACUUACAGCUUCCUCCUGGAUUCCGAUUCCAUCCGACGGACGAGGAGCUCGUGAUGCACUAUCUCUGCCGUAAAUGCGCUUCGCAGACGAUCACUGUCCCUAUCAUCGCCGAUAUCGAUCUCUACAAAUACGAUCCUUGGGACCUCCCCGGUUUGGCUUUGUACGGUGAGAAGGAGUGGUAUUUUUUCUCGCCGAGGGACCGGAAGUAUCCGAACGGCUCGCGGCCGAACCGAGCCGCUGGAACCGGUUAUUGGAAGGCGACGGGGGCGGAUAAACCGAUCGGUUUACCUAAACCGGUUGGGAUCAAGAAAGCUUUGGUGUUCUACGCCGGUAAAGCCCCCAAGGGAGAGAAAACCAACUGGAUCAUGCACGAAUACCGCCUUGCCGACGUAGACCGAUCUGCUCGCAAGAAAAAUCAUAGCCUAAGGCUGGACGAUUGGGUGCUUUGCCGCAUAUACAACAAGAAAGGAAUCAUCGAGAAGCGACCACCGACGAUGUACAGCGGCGUCGGGAAUUUCCCGGCGAUACCAGAGCUGGUCGAGGAGAAGCCGAAAAUGACGGCGGAUCCGUACCGUAUGCCUCCGCCGCAGAAUCCGGCGACGAACGAUUUCGUGUACUUCGAAACGUCGGAUUCGAUGCCGAAGCUGAACACGGAGUCGAGCUGCUCGGACCACGUGGUGUCUCCGGAAUUCACCAGCGAGGUCCAGAGCGAGGCAGAGUGGAACGAUUGGGCAGUGAGCAGCAACAACAAUGGCGGAAGCAGUGGUAAUACUAAUACCCUUGAUUUUGGGUAUAAUUACAUAGAUGCCACUGCGGAGAAUGCGUUCGUGGGGAGUAAUCAGAUGUGGCGGCUGCAGGAUAUGUUCAUGUACAUGCCGAAGCAGAUGUAGGGUAACGGACGCUCAUACGGUAACACGAGACCGAUGAAUGGUUCGGUCAAUGAGUGUGCCGAUUUUGGGACCACGGUAGACUUGGGAGAUAAAAUUUUGUGGACCGUCCGAUCUUUUGGGCAAUGUCCCGAUCGGACGGUGGAUGUUGGCUGGUUGUGGACCGUCAUGCUUCAUUGUUAGAUUUUUGGUUAUGAAUAAGAAUUUCAUUAUAUUAAUCCUA